AAACAGUUUCAUAAAAAGGCAAUAAACGGCAAACUUCACACGUUUUUCUUUAUCUACCUAAUUUUGUCUUUGAUUUGUAAUUUUCUUUUUAUGCUAAUUCUGAGUUCCAAAGGUUCUUGAUUGUUAAGAUCGAAAUCAAAGACCAAAAAAAGGAUAAAGAAGAAGUAGUGAUUGAUUGACAGAUAGAUAGAAAUGGCUACAGAAAGCAAGCAAAGCGUGGUGAAAGUGAAGCCAAGCAGUGGUAAUUUUGAUGGUUCCAAAGGAAAGAUUGAAUCUUCGAUGAAAGCUAAGAAAAUUGAGAGCUCAAACACACAACAACAACAAUCUGUUGUUGAUUCAAAGGAUAAAUCUAUCUCAGUUGUAACUCAAACUGAGGUAAAAUCAAAAUCAGCACCGAGUUCGUCAAAAACUACGACGACAACCACUACCACUAGAGUGAGACAGAAGAAAGUAUACUCCUUGCCAGGCCAGAGAUAUGAUCCUCCUGAAGAGAGAGAACCACUUAGGAUAUUCUACGAGUCUUUGUCUAAACAGAUUCCAACUAGUGAAAUGGCAGAAUUUUGGAUGAUGGAACAUGGCUUGCUAUCCCCAGAGAGAGCCAAAAAGGCAUAUGAGAAGAAACAGAGAAAGCAAAAAAUGCAACGAUUUGGAACUCCCAUUAAAUCUACCAAACCAUCCACUAGUAAACCUGAGAGUUCUCAAAAGCAGCAACAGUCAUCAAAGAAUGGAGACCUUAAAGCCAAGAGGAAAAUCAGCAAUGACAGUGACGAUGACGACUUUAUUUUAAGUCCGAAAAGAAGGAAAGGAUUGAGCUGCGAAGUAUUCAUCCACAGACCAUGUAUAGAAACUGAUGGUAGAGCAUGGGGAUUUUUACCCCAGCAUUUACAGCACAGAGUCAUCUUCUUUUCUAACAAUGUAGUAGUCAUAACAGAUGCAAAUUCAACUCAUUUAAAUGCCCGUGUACAGGCAACACAUGUGACAGACAAGAGGUGAAUAAGCAUGAUUCAGACUGUUCUUCCAUAUCGGGCCACAAUACAUUUUGGAUCAGAUGAAUGUAAAGUUUCACUGGUCAAUAAAGACUCUGGAAACUGGUACUGUUUGAUUAUCUGAUCUCCAAUGGAAAUAUCUUUUGUGGAUUUGGUGAAAGAAUGGUAUGCAUUGUGUCCUGUUUUCAAAUUUUCCACUGCGUUGUAUCAGGUAGAACAGGUUUUGAGUGCACGAGAGAGGGAACCAUGCUGAUUGUUACUGCAUGUGCAGGGGAUAGUUCCUGAUUGCAGUAAACAAUCAUGAGUAAUCUUACAU